AUGCCAUUAAGGUCACCGCUCUCCCCACGGCAGCAGGGCUUUGCGCCUCUAUCAAACCAACCCAGCGCUUCAGAUAUGCAGGACAUACCACUCCGCCAAAUUCGCAGCAACGCGAGCUCGACGACGGGCGCACGCAGAGCCGACAUGGAGCCCAUCAGCGAGAAGAAUGUGCUCUUCAACGAGGCCGUGGGCACUCCGGCCGGUAGACGACGAAUCAAGAAGGACCUCAUGCGCACGGGAUCGAGCAACCUCAGCGAAGAGGCCUCUCUCAAUGCAAUGGGUCGGUUCUAUAACAAGAUCGUCAGCUUCUCUGUCGUCACGCGCUACCUCGUCUACAUCGUUCCUGUCGCCAUAAUCCUCGCCAUCCCCCUCUUAAUCAUUCCGUUCACUGGCAAUACUUCUACCGAACUCGAGGGUCAGAACCUGCUCUGGUUCUUCAUCUGGCUUGAGAUAGCAUGGCUGAGCAUCUGGGUGGCAAAGCUGGUUGCCCAUGUCAUCCCAGUCGUCUUUAUGUUUUUCUGUGGAGUGAUCAGCUCGGGCACCAGGAAAUACGCUACCGUUUUGCGCGCUCUUGAAAUCCCGCUCUCGCUCUUCUUAUGGGGACUGGCUUCGUGGCUCACCUUCAAGUUCAUGCUUUCGGACAGAAACAACGGGGUCAAGUGGACAGACAUCGUUCAGAGGAUCUUGCUGUCACUGUUCCUUGCUUCGGCCGUCCUUCUUGCAGAGAAGGCCAUUGUUCAGCUCAUCAGUAUCUCUUACCACCAGAGGUCGUUCGCCAACCGCAUCAAGGACUCCAAGCGCGAAAUCUACAUCCUCGGCCUCAUGUAUGAGGCUUCACGCACGCUCUUCCCCAUGUACUGUCAGGAGUUUGCCGACGAGGACUAUAUCAUUAAUGAUAGUAUCGAUGUUAUCCUCACCGGUGGCAGGCCGAAUGGGAAAGGCGUUGCUGCUGCGCCCAUGAAGCUCGUUGGAGAAGUCGGGCGAUUUGGCGACAAGAUCACGUCUGUCUUUGGAAAUAUUGCCUCCGAAAUCACCGGAAAGCAAGUCUUCAACCCCAACUCAGCACACUCCAUCGUCGUCGAGGCUCUCGAGAAGGUCCGAAGCUCCGAGGCCAUGGCUCGCCGCAUCUGGAUGUCGUUUGUGGUGGAAGGAAAGGACUCGUUGUCCAUGGACGACAUUGUCGAGGUUAUGGGACCUGCUCAUCGAGAGGAAGCCGAGGAAUGCUUCCACGCUAUUGACGCCGAUGAGAAUGGUGACAUCAGCCUCGACGAAAUGGUCCGGAAGGUUGUCGAGAUCGGAAAGGAAAGAAAGGCAAUCGCCAACAGCAUGAAGGAUAUCAGCCAAGCAUUGACGGUGUUCGAUAAGGUCCUGCUCUUCGUUGUUCUGAUCAUUGUGAUUAUCAUCUUUUUGGCUGUCUUCCAAAGCAGCUUCAUUGCCACUCUCACCACCGCUGGGACCACGCUGCUGUCUCUGUCGUUUGUCUUCGCUGUCACAACACAGGAAUUCUUGGGUUCCUGCAUUUUCCUCUUCGUCAAGCACCCUUACGACGUCGGCGACCGUGUCGACAUCCAGGGACCUGAGAAGCAGCAGCUCAUUGUCGAGAAGAUCUCGCUGCUCUACACCGUCUUCACCCGUAUCGACAAGAUGCAAGUCGUCCAGGUGCCCAACAUCGCCCUCAACAAUCUGUGGGUUGAGAACGUCACCAGAAGCAAGGCCAUGAAGGAAGUGAUUGAUGUCAAUGUCUCAUUUGACACAUCAUUCGAGGACAUUGAACUGCUGCGUGCCGAGAUGGAGAAGUUUGUGCGCUCGCCCGAGAACAGCCGCGAUUUCCAGCCUGAUAUCGGCAUCGGCGUUGGUGGUAUUGGUGACCUUGACAAGUUGACGCUUAAGGUUGCGAUCAAACACAAGUCCAACUGGCACAACGACAGCGUCCGCGCUACCCGUCGCUCCAAGUUUAUGUGCGCCCUCACUUUGGCGCUCAAGAAGGUACCAAUCUAUGCUCCUGGCGGCGGUGGUGAGGCUCUGGGUGGUCCCAAGAACCCAGCAUACAGCGUCGCUGUGACGGACGAGUAUGCCAUCUCUGCUCGUGCCCAGGCCGAUAAGGAGAAGGAAGCGAAGAGAAUGGAUUUCGCGGAUCCGGAGAAGCAAGCCGAGAAUGCUAGUGAGCAAAAGGCAGCCGACCAUUUCAACACGACUAAUCCCGCUGUGGACGCUCUUGAUGACUGGGGCUACGAAGAGACCCUUAGUGGCCGGGACGCUUCUACCGUCCGCCCUAGCACCUCUAACGGGCCUAGUUCACGAUCCGAGCUCCUUCUUGGUACCCGCGAAUCUCAGCGUGGUCGUCGCAGGGCGGGCGAGACAGUGCCCAUGACUCUCGGCGACGCCAGCACGCCUGGGGUCCAGCUCACCAGGGCCCCCACAACAAGUACCCGUGGUGGCCCGUCCUUUGACGUGGAGAGACAAGCGGGCGUAGAUGCUCCUGCCGGCUCUCCAUACACCACCUGGACCGCCUACAACUCUCAGACUGGACAACAGCAAGGCGUUUCUCAGCCAUAUUCCCCUCCGCAACAAUCCGCGAAUCUGACCGUUCAAGCACCGCCACGCCCUGGGCAAAGUCCAGCUGGUGCUAGGCCAAGAGGUGCCAGCGUCAGCAACCGCCCCCAGGCUCCGACAGGUGAUGGAAGGCCCCUUAGCGGAGGACAAUCCAGCGGCGGACCUCCUCCCCCUCCAAGUGCGCCUGGUCCGUCGUCAGCUAGAUACUAG